AUGGCGAAGAUGAUGACAACGGUGAAGAAGUCACUUGCGGAUGACUACGAUCAGUGGCAGGUUGCGGCAUCGAUGCUGGAGGGUCCCACAGGAGAAUUGACGAGUAAUGGAUCUCUCGACGGUGAUGUGGACGGCGGCCGUCGUCGGCGCUGUCGCGGUCUACUGGUUCGUGUGGAUGAAGCAACCAGCCAAUUUAUCUCCCCAAUUUUGAACAAUUCGACAUGGAGAAAUCAGCACUCCUCUUCCUUUGAUCCCAUCUCUCGCUCCCUCUUCCCCCUUCUUUUGUUCCUUUUCAUUCCGUCGAUCUGUUGGCCAGAUGAAGAAAGGCCGAGUUCUGGUGGAGCCGGCGGCGGCAGUAGCGGAGACGCGGUUCCGCGGCGUGCGCAAGCGACCGUGGGGGCGGUUCGCGGCCGAGAUCAGGGACCCUGGAAGAAGGUCAGGGUGUGGCUCGGAACCUUCGACUCGGCCGAGGCUGCCGCCCUGGCCUACGACUCCGCCGCUCGCGCGUUCCGUGGUUCCAAGGCCAAGACCAACUUUCCCCUCGCCGCCGACGCUGCUGCGUCUCCCACCCCUACUCCUGCAUUCCGCUGCCCUCCCUCCGCUGACCCAACCCUAGGGUUUUGA